ACAGCUCUUGUCAUUCAUAGUUUAUUCAAUCUCUCUCUUCAAAACCCACUAACCUUGAUCUCCUCACUUCUCUAAAAAAAUGGAAGACAAAGAAAACAACAUGUUCGAGUACUUCGAUGGAGAAGAUCAUGCAGAAGACACACUCUCUCUCCGCAACCUACCAAUACAUGACCACAAUCUCGACGGUGAUUCUGUCCGAGAGAGCCCACGAACUUCCUCAGCCUUCGAAUUCUUCACUGGUUUAACAUCUGGAACUUACAACAGUCCUACCACAAAUCUCAUUUUUUGUGGAAAAGUCAUUUCUGAUAAAGACGAUGAAGAACUCAAUGAGUAUCAGAAGCGAGACUAUUUGACUUUGAAGAGAUCGGCUUCGUUCAUUAAGCCUCAGAGUUAUCAGUUCAUCGGCGAUGAAAAGACAGUACGUUUUCCGACCAAGAACCGAUCAAACUCCGUACGAAUCUCGAGUUCCGAUCGCUACUCUUCCAAUUGUUCGACUUUACAGAAAGUGAAUAUUACGUCUCUGACGUCGAUGUCGGAGAAGUCGAAGCGUUGGAUGUUCAUGUUUGGUCCGGUGAAGUUUAAGCCGGAGAUGGAGCUCAGGGCUAUUAAAGAGAGGCAGGGCCGCCGUGUCCCGCCGCCGAUGUUUCCUGCUAUUGCUGGCGGAGCCAAAGGGAAGAGUCAAUGGGGAAUCGUAAGAUCUUUGAAGGGCAGGUCCCACCUGGCAAACGUGUUGGCUAGGGCGUUUGGUUGCAUUCCAGUCAAUGUGGUAUAGAAAGAGAGAUGGGGUG